AUGGCAGCACAGACUUCAAAGCGAAAUUCAAUAGAGAAAAGUAGGAAAGUACAUCCCAUUGACAGUUCAUCAAAUGUAUAAUGGCGAUAAGUUGAGUGGAAGUUCCGCGUACAAAUACGGGAUUUUUGUGUAAAACUCAAAGGAAAAUGCCAUAUACAUAUUGAAAAAGUGUCGUAGCCAGUGUAAUGCGCAAAAUGCGCUACUUUUGAAGUAAUCAGUUUAGCUCCGUUCGCGCGAAAGUCGGAAGAAAAAUUUUGUGUCUUCCCCCAUUUUUUCGUAUUUUAAUUGCCGUCUCUCUCCCUUUAUAUUACACUUGGACUGUUAUACACAAUUGUGUUUCAUGAGGUGGAUGUGCCAUUCAGCAGCAGCAACGAGGGAGGAAGACAAAAUCAGUUGUUUGCGAGUUUUUGGUGCGCUGAAAACUGGAAAUGGGUCGUGGACGGAGUACAGCAACAGCAGCGGCGAGCGCGGCUGCAACGACGGGUGCACCGGCUGCAACUAGAAGUGGUGUGAAAAGCGUGCAGCCUGUGGAGAAGAAUGGAAAGGACCAGGUAGCGCCGCCCCCCGAUGAAAGCGACGACAGCUCGCACGAUUCAGGCGUCCGCAGAACCCGCCGUAGCCUCCCAGUUUCAAAGGAACAAAACGCUAACGCGAUCAUACCAAAACAAACUGAUAAAGCUUCAAACAUACGAAGUCGUCUACGUAAAAGUACACAAUUAAAUCACACCGCUAGCUUAAAUUUAGUUGAAAAUAGAGUCCAGAAGAAUGUUAAUUUUAGUAGUAGUAAUAAUAGUGGAAUAGGAACUGACGAAUUAUUAGUUGUAAGCGAUGGUAUUUUAACGAGAUUUAAUGUUAAUCAUGAGAUAGCCACAAGCAAUAUCAAGAGUACAAUAGAAAGGACAUCUGAUGCAGUAGGCAACGAAAAUAUGAAUUUAGCAGAAAUUCCCGACGAGACUGAUAACGCGUCUUUAGAUACUGACACACUGACACCGGACUCUUCAUUGAUUCCUGACAGUAACGAAACGACUUGCAGUGCUGACGAUGAAGCCGAAAGUUCAGUUUUCAGUGAAGACUCACAAACUCGUAGCAGCAGUAUUAUAGCUGUAUCCCAGGAAGACAGUAACAGCAUGCAAACAUACAGUGUGGAUAAGCAAAGUGAACAAAAUUCUGUAGCGAAUGAAAACAGUUUAACAAAUAAGUGUUUAGUUACUACACAAGAUGCUUCCAAAAUUGAUAGAUCUUCGCGACGGUCCGUCACGCCCCGCUUACUUGAAGUCGAAGCAACAAAUUCAAAUCCAGCUCCCUUUCAAGCGGAAACCCCAAAGAAACCUGAAAAUACACCACCGCAUGAAACACCUGAUCCUGAAGAACGCUUACUAUCGUCGCCUGAUUUCUUCAACUUGCCGAAACCGAAGAUAGUCCGAACCUAUCAAAACAAACGAAAACAGAAAAUGGAAGCUUUGAAAACCCAAGCCGCUACCCAAGCAGCAGCAGCAGCAGAUGUUGAUAAAUUGCAGGUCAACUCAGGGACAGACAAAACAAACACUGAAAAGGAACCAGACAAGUCAAAAAAUGAGAAGGUGGUACCUGCGGAUCAACAGGAAGUCACAGAAUGUCGUCGAAGUCAACGACAACGAGUAAUAAAAUAUGACGUACGCGAUCUAUUUAAUAUGAAAGGAAGUCGAAAUCAAUCUGAUUCGAAAAAUUCGCGGAGUUCGCUUCCCUCACAAAAACUUUCCAGAGACUCGCCGCGAAGUGAUGUUAGCUCAAGCCCUCAAACUUUUAAAGGAUUCUCAGAUACAGACGACCCCUCUUCGCCCAUGUCAUGCACUAGAAGACCCUUAUCACGGCAAAGUAAUGCAACACCUACUCCCCCACCUUUUGAUCUUAAGGCAAAUGAAGCAUUUUCAAAAGUAGACACUUCAGAAAAAUAUUCAAAUCUCAGUAAAACACCAGAUGUCGACGAAUUUAAAGGAUCAAUACAAAUGAAUGAUACAGAUCAAAAUUCUUCUUCCUCUGGAAAAUCUCCUGUAACUACGGGUGAUAUGCUAACUCAACAACGCAUGAAAACUACAAAAGUUCCUCUCAAAAAGGAACCGCAAAAACCUAGUCGAAUAUUACCUCGUCGAAAAACAGUUUUGUUGAAUCGAUCAACUGAAGAGAUCGCAGAUUUACUUGACGAAUGCAUCAGUCAAGAUCAAUUUCCGUCGAGUAGUGCGAAAAGUCCUGAGCAAGCGAAAAGUAAAUCAAAAAGUUGUGAUGAACAUGAUUCGGGUCCUAAAGGUGUCCAUUCAGAGAAGGUAGGACUUUUCACUAACACUAAAACUGACGAGGUGAAAUCAAAUCUUUCUUUUGCUCAGGACACGAGGGAAGAUGAAAUAGGAAUCUCCUUCGCUUUUAAAAGUUCAAGUAUUCAAUGUGAUCUCGAGAAAAGUGAUACAGUGAAAUCAUUGGAAAACGUGCCUACAAUUUCCGAAAGUUCAUCAGAAGGAUCCACAGUUCCUUUGAAAAAUGACGUUACAACAGUUUCGAUGAAAGACCAAAAGAGUGAAGUGAUAGAAUUGAACUCGAUCGCAAUGGCUUCUAAUGAAUCACAACCGUCAACCGAUUGUCUUAUUGAAAAUGUGCAAGCAGAAGGUUCGAAAGAAAAUCUCGACACGCCAAAGCUCUGUGAAAGUACUCCAUCUGCAAUAAAAGACGAACAAAGGCGGGUUGAUUCACAAACCAAAAAAGGAAAGUCUUCUCCGGUUGGAAUCGAAGAAAAGUCGAAACAGAAUAGAAAAACAACGAAAUCCAAAUCCAGGAAACUUGAUUUAACGAUUGACAGUGAACCAAAAACUGAAAAUUCUGCAUCGAGAACAACCCCCAAAUCAGAACAAGAAGUAGUAAGGACCCCCGACUUAGAACAAAAAUCUGUGAGUAUUAAAGAAACUGCCGAAGCUGAAAAUCUAGGGAAUCUCAGUAAUGAAAAAUCGAGAAAAUCUACCAAAGCACAGACGCUUUCAAAGAACGGCAACAGUGUCAAUACCCCAGAAAAGUCUGAAACACUCGAAAAGAAAGAAAAAGUUACAAAAGACAAAGAGAAAGAGAGUGUCAAAACUCCGAAAUUCAUGAAAAAUUGA